AUGGGGUCUGACAAUUAUAAAAAAUGUGCUCCGCUGAGAUGCGAAAUUACUGAGGACUUACCUGCCUCAAAAGUACAGAAAGAUAGUAAAACAUCUUUACUGGAAGGAAUUAAAAGUAGUUAUGAUACUCUAAGCACUGGUAAUGCUCUGUAUCAUGACCAAAAAAAAUUGGAUAGUUUCUAUUCCAAAACUCAAGUUUUGUUUGAAAAAGCAAAUAAAAUUUUUUAUCAAUUAGAUAAGAAGAAAAGCAAAGAAAUAUACAAUAUUUCUAGGUACUCAUUAAGCCUAAUUGACUUAAUAAAGCACCAACAAUCACACAUUAAGUUGUGUAUGAAGGAGAUGGGUACACAAAAGGAGAAGUAUGAGUUACUUCAAAAACAAAUAGAUGAUCUCAACAAACAAGUCAAUAAUAACGAUGAGGUCAUCAAAAAGGACACCGAGUCAUUAGACAAGGUGAAGCAGGAAACUGCAAUAAAAGUUUUUCAAACUCCUCAACCGGAGUUAUUGAUACCAAAAGAAAACAAUAUGAAGACUAUAUUGUUUGACAAAGAUAGCCAAGGGGCACCCAAACCUUCGGCACUAGGAGCUUUCCUUGCAAAGGUAGCAAAAGCUUCCUGCAAACGCAGGAAACCAAAGAAACCUAUCCGUCUAUUACAGACAACUGAAGACGGAUGGACAAAGAUCAUAGCAAGCUAUGGAAGACCAAUAAUGGUCACAAAAGAUAGUCUUCUGACUAUACCAACGGAGGUCAUGGAUGACAACAGGUAUACAUCUUUAAUGCCUGAUUGGAUCCUUGACUAUAACAGGGAAGAGUCAUCUGAUGACUCUAAUAAAAUGAGCUAUCCUCUAGCUAGACUGGGGAUGCCAAAAAGACAGCAGAGGUCGAAACGCCUCGACAAAAGCAACUACCCUCAGAUAGUAUCUGAGGAUGUUAAUAAAAAUCUGGAGUCGAAACGCUCCAUACAAGACGGUACACCAUUAGGAUCCCAAGAAGGGAUGGCUGUGGGUACAAUAAAGGAGGGCUUGGAAGAGCCAAUGGAAGUUACCCACGACAACGUAUCGUCCGUAAAGGAUAAGAACUCAAUUAAAGUGGAAAUAAAAGGUGAAACUGUAGCUUCUAGAGUAAACCCUGUAAAGGAGUCUAGAAAAGUUACAAAGUUUAAUAAAAGAAAGGAGUCGAAACGCUCUGAUAACAAGAGCUACCCUAAGGCUAAUAAACCUAAGGAUGCAAUAAUAGAGCCCAAUUACAUCACUAGGGCAAGCGUAAUAUUACGCAAAUUAAAGAAAGUGAUCUCUGAAAAAGGAUCAAAAAAGGAGUCAACAUUUAAAAAUGUUAAAAUAAAAAAAUUUAUUAACCCUUCUAUGAAGAAGACUAGUAACAACAAAAAACCAGUAAUUAAGAAAACUGGGGAAAAGUGGACAGAUAAACUGUCAGAAAAAGAGCUCUUUAAGAUUUGUCUUGAAGGCAAGAAACCAGUUGAGAACAAAUAUCGACUGGUGAUAAUAGGUGGUCUCCCAGAGGGAGAAAAACACAAUAAUAUAGCUGCUUGGGCAGCUGCUCUAAAGGUCAAGGAAUCUGAUGUUCCUUUAAUAAAAGAUAUUGGUGGAAACAAGGUGUUUCUAGCAAGGAUCAAUGUUAUUGAGAAGGUGGUGUCCCAAAUAACUAAGAUAUCUUUAGAAGCAUCUCUAAUUUCAUCUGAUAAUGGUAUAAGAGCUUAUAUAGCUCUUAAUUACAAGGAUAUUGUUAACAACUUAGUUAACAUUCAAAAAAGUUGGAAGAAUUUUGUGCCUUUACAAAAAUCUAUAAAAGUUAUUUUAAAAGAAUUAAGAUCUCUUAAUACUGUUAAAAUUAAAAAGGUUGCUUUAGAUGAUGAAGCUAUAGAAGAGUUCAGAGGACAAUAUGAUCCCUGA